AAAACGAUCUCCCGCCUUCCUACAUCUCUUCUGUCUCUUCCUUCAUUCAUUCAUUCUUUGAUAAGAAUCAAAAUUCAAAAAGUUAUCGUCGUAAUUUUUUGCAUUUUAGAGUAAAAUAAUAUAAUUCGAAGUGUAUCAUUAUUGCAUUCGAAGCUUUGAAACCUUUUCAGGAAAAUGGACCCUUCAAGUCCAAUAGUUGAGAGAAGAUCUCGUCGUAUCGGACCGGUUGAUAACACUGAUGGCAAUAUUCCUCCCGAAGAACUGAAUGAUGACGAGGAAGAACGCAGUCGUAAUAGAAAACAGUUGGAAAAUGAAGUUCGUCAUCACUCUAUCCACGAAAAGAGAAUGUCCGCUUCGGAGAAAAGUCUCUCUGAGCAUUUUCAUAGCUGUAUUCAAUUAGCUGCCGAAAAUAAAAUCAAUGCGAAAAAUGCUUUCAAUUUCAAGCUCAUAGACUUACUGCAUACUAUGUUGAGCAAAAAAAAGCAGAUACAUGAUUUCACAGAAGUAACAUACUCUUUGGAUGCCGGUGUGAAAAUCUAUUCGUAUCGAGUAGAUAACGUACAUUCUGAUACGAUGAAAAUGGCUACAAGCAUUUGCGCAGCUGCUAAUAAAAAUAAAGGAGAUGCUGAAAACGAAACGAACGACGCUGACGAAAAUGCAACACUCGAUGACAUAGCUAAGAAGAAAAAACUAUCGAGAAAAGCUCAUAAGAAUGUCAGAGCCAACGACGUUGAUCAGAUAAAUCGUAAAGCUUCUGACGAUCAGUUUGGAAUAAGUUGCGGAUUGUUAAAUAACGAAGAUUAUAUCACCAGCAGUGCUACGUUUGACAGCACGAAAAUGUGUUUGCAUUUAGGAACUGAUACAAAUUUUUGGAAACACAAUUACAAUCCUAAAGCUACUCCGUCGACUAAUGAAGUUACAAUAGAAUUUCCUGAUUUAGAAGACGAAAUAAUAUGUCCAUCGUUUGAGAACAUCACUUUCAAAGGCGAGACUAAUUAUCACGACAUUUCCUUGAAAGAAAAACUAACCCACGAGUAUGAUUUCGAACCACCUACCCAUGAGCCAGCGGACGAUGACAUUUUUGAUGAUGAAACCGUAGCACCUUACGCGACGAAUGAAGCUAAUCUAAUCAACGUCGAUGAAAUCCAUACUAGUGACAGACAAAGUGUAGCAUCCGAUACUACGUGUUUAUCCAGAGUAAUAUCUUCUUCCAAUUUCGCAUCCGAUUUAUCCCGAUUGAUCGCUUCGGAAACCUCCGAGUAUUGUUAUUUCAACACGCAGCUGUUAAAAAACAAAUGGAGCUUAAAAAGCAUGGGUCACUGGAAUCCAUUCAACAAAAAAAGAGAAACCAUUUCUAAACCUCGUACUCAGAAGAAAGACUUGAUAGACUUUUUUGGCCACAAUGAUUUCAAAGUGUUCGAAGACGAAGCCAAAAUGCCCGUUACGGUUACCUACGCUGCAAAUUCUGAUAAAUUUCUCAUCACUCCUAUUACUCAUUUCAAUUUUAAGGAAUUUUUCAGGUUGAAAACCUGUCGAGAAAUGUUCGUAGUACCAAAACCGUCAAAUGAUGAGCAACCUUCCGAUUUAGAUGAGACUAUUAACGAUUAUAAUUACAAUAAUCCUAACGAUAGUCAGCAUUUUAUUCCGGAGCAAUACGAAGACGAUUAUAUUGAAAAUUUCGACGAGGGAGCAGUUCAAGAUGUACACGAAGCGAUUGAUAGAAGUGUCCUUCAAGGAGAUAAUUUACUCGAGAUUCCGAACAAAGUUGCAAAAAUACAACUUCCGUACAUGGUUAAAGAUAAAUCAGUCGAUAUGAAAGAAUUGAAGUCUAAAAUAUGGCAGAAAAUAGAAACAACAGAAAAAGAGAAAACCGAAGAACAACAUCACGAUCAACUUCAAUUCAGCGAUAUCUGUCAAGAAAUAAUUACUGAUGCAAAAAGCGAACUAUCGGUUCCCCUACUGUUUAAUGCCAUAUUACAACUGGCUAACGAUAGGAAUUUACAAUUCGAUGCUUUGGAAUCUAGUUUAUCUAAUUUUUUUAUUCGCGUUGCAAAUGUUGAGAGUCAUUAAUUAGGAAGAAAAUUACUUAAAUUAUUGUUACCCGAUGAAUGGGUAAUUGUUUUGCAUUUUCGUUUGUACUGUUGAAUAAAAUGAUAUGAAUAAGUUAGUUGUAUAUUUUUCAUACGUUUUUCAAAUAAAAUUUAUAUAUUUUAUUUUGUAAUCUGUUCAAGAAUUACUUUCCGGUGUGCUUAUGUAUGCAUGUUGUCGUAUUGUAAUAAAAAUAUAAUUCAUUUAUCAAAA